AUGACUGACCUGGGGGAUGACGUGAAGUGCGCUCGCUGCGGUGAGGAAGUGUAUCAGUCUGAGAGGCUUCGUGCCGUCAACAAGGUGUACCACAAGAUAUGUUUCAAAUGUGCCGGCUGUGACAGCGCUCUCUCGUUGGGCAAGGAGUUCAAGCGGGAUGGCCAUCCCUUCUGCAAGAAGUGCUACGACUCCAAUUACCGCGUGGGCCAGGGCAAUCGCGUGAGGAGGAAGAAGAAGGAGGAGGAGACCUAA